GGAAGGGCUGUGGUUGGCCUUCCGCCCGCAUCGUUGUCUAUAAUUCUUAUCCAUGUUUGCGAACCAGCAAGUUGCUCGACAGUAGCUUGCUGGUCCUCGUUAUCGCCCUCGUUUUCGAACCUAUUCGGAGGUGCUUCUCUAAAUGCGAUGCAGUUCCUGAUUAGUUGCUUGCUUUCAAUUCUGCUUGCGAACGGCCUAGAGGAAGCCAGACAUGGGCCUCGGCUGUCGAAUGUAGAGGUGCGGUAUGAUGCAGAUCAUCAGAUCGAGGAAGGGAGGCCUAAAGAACAUAGACACAGACAGAUCCCGGUGACCUCAAAGGUUCAGAAGUCACGCGCCAAAAGUGAGACUGAGGUGAAUUCGAAAGGAAGCCUGACCCACCGAAAGCCAGUGAGACAUUCGAAAAAAGCGCCUGAGAGGAAGCAUACCAACCGGAGAAUGGAGGCACGAGGACAAAGAGUCCUCCCCGUGACUUUCUUUCAGGAAGAGUCGGAACAGGGACCAUUUCACCGGCCCGAUGAGAUGCGUAUUGUCAGAGAGACUGGGGAAAUGCCAAUGGCUGGCAGGGAUGUGGCCGAGCUUCACGAAAAGGAUGACUUGGACCUGGAUGACUUGGAGGAUCCAGCUGCGGAGGGAGAACCUGAGGAUAGUGAUGACUUUACCUUGCCACGAAGAGAUGAAAAGAAGGAGGAACUCCCUGCACACUCCGAUGAUGCAUCUGUGGUAGAGUUGUCCACGCCCUCCAUUGUAAGACGUGAGGUGGAGAGAACUGUGCAGCGCUCUGGGGAGAAUGUUCUUGUGGAUUGGAUGGCAAAGAGGUUUGGCUUGGACGUGCACACCAAGGUGGCACACGGAGGGCGGAAUAUGCUGCUGUGCUGUUUCAUUCUCAUUCUCGUUCUGGCAGUUCUUCUUGGGCUGAUGUUCUUGGCUACUGUGAAGGCUGACACGGUCAUCAAGCGAGCACCUCAUGCCAUUGUGGAACCCACAGGUAGCGAGUUAAAGGAAAAGAAGGAACGUGUGAGCCGACCAGAGGGACCCUCGAAAAGCCUGGCAAGCCUGGUUGAGGGGAGUCUGGGUCAAUGUGCUGUGCGAAAGUCAAAAAAGGACGACAAGGAUCCGCACAACUCAGAUUUGGGGCCUUCGGGCGGACUUCGGUCGUGCAUAGAGGCGCUGCCCGUGAGUGCUGCACCCCAUGUUGAAAAGCUGCUUCCUUCUGCUGGUGGAUAUGAUGUGACUUUCUCGAAGCCCAUGAGCAGCCGCUGGCUGCUCAGACUUGAAGCGGUGAUCCAAGAUCCAGCUGACACUGAACCUCUCCAAUCACCCCUAACUCGGCGACCUUGUGUUCUGUACACGGCUCAUGCUUCUCGCAAGGUUCACGGAGGUAUGUCAGUGCCGCUGGCCUUUGCUUCGCAGCACAUGGACUUUUCGGUGACUUUGCGGGGCUCCCCUUCCGUGGUCAUUCGAGUGGCCGGCUCUGAAGUGAACCUUUUCGCUACGAAAGAAUGCGAAUUUGCAGAGGUUUUACCUUUUCCAUGUGCUCCAGAUCAUUGGCAAGACUUUGUCUCUGUCCAUCUGCCUGGAGCAGGAACCGGAUCGUCGGACAAUCAUGCCUUGGAGAACGAGCUAAGAGCAAAAGGUACCGCUGUGGAGUUUCAUGAAUGCUGCUUGAAGACAGGAGACACAGUGACCCUUGUAGGAGAGCUUUUGAGAUCAGCCAAUGGCGAGCUGACGCUGCAGCCCUUGAGCCGGGAGGUCUCCUGGAAGCGCACAUCUUGGGAAAGAGCGGGGAUCGGAGAGGAGGACAUAUUGGAACUCCUCGAGGCCAGAACGCACGUCCUCAUCAGUGAUGACCCAACCCUUCUGAGCUGAUCAUUUGCAUGCACUGAUCACGGAGCAUCCAAAUUGUCUCAUAGAGAGAGACUGGCUACCGACGCGACAAAAUGAUGCGAAGUUCUCUGUCAGCUGUCAAAAACACUGGUUGGUUUAUUGUAUACAGUGCCCGCAAUGAGAGCGGGUCUCUCUCUUUCUCUCUCGCUAGACUGACAGCCUGAAUUGGACAGGUGCAGCAAAAGGCUGGACUAAGAGUUCGUAAUCUCGAGGAGCAGAUGGCACAGCAGCAGAAACUGCAGAAGCAUCUAGCUCUGCGGCACACGAUGGCUGCCAAGCGGAAUGUUGAUGGACUUCCGGAAUUACCUUUGGCACGAUGGGAGGAGCAACCAACCCUUGGACCAGUUGGGGCUUCUCCAUAUCCGAUGGUUUCGCCAGUAACCAACUUGGUGGCACCUGUGGCAUCAUCCUCGCCCACAUACUGAAGCGCGCUGCUUGCAAGUACUUGUACAUCGUGAACGCCCAAUGUGUCUCAAGGUCAAAGAACUUUGCAGGAAACACUGAAAAGCCCGAAAUGGUAGGGCCAAGGUGUUUGUAGGACAAUGCAACAAUGCAGAUCGCGUGAAGGGCAAAAGAUUCUGCCGAGCUUCGAGUAAGGUUUGUGUUUUGCUGAACUCCAAGUUACAAGUAUGGCUUGUCAGGGAACACCGACUAUGCCAAGCCGCGGCUGAAUCAUUGCUUGCUGUUCAAGUGCCAGUUUCAGCUCAAGC